GGAGCCGCUCCCUAUAAAACGAAACAGAAAAGACUGCCGUGGCAAUUUGUGUGUAUCUGUUCCCUCGAAGGAAAAAAUUCUGCCGUUUUUACAUAAUACUUCACAAGUUGAUUGCAAGACGGACGGUACAGUGGGCCGGACGGCCGUUUGUGACGACGUGGUGCAGUGGAGCUCGCCAUGGAGCCUGUGUGACAGAAUUUGGAGUCCUUUUCCGCACCCUUCUGUGUGGCUGAGCCGAGAAGACACACGGAGAUCCACUGCAGUGAUGAUAAGAUAGUGCUAUAGUGACACUGAACAGUGAAAGACACACGAAGACAUUAUUCUAAUGAAUUUGUAAUAGAAAGCAGAGUUAUAGAGUAAAGAAAAAAGUGCAAAUUAAUAAAAUUAUAACUCGACAGUUCGGAGCACACGUGAAUCGAUUUAUAUACCAUAAAAUUAAUUUCUAUAAUAAUUAGUUUAAAGAAGAAAAAAAUACCCCUACCGAGUAAGUUUCUACUUGAGUCUCGAGCUGUGGUGUGCGGUUUAAAUCUGGAGGCAUCGGGUAUGAAGCUGAGAAAAACCACGAUGGCGGAUUCGGAUUUUCCGCUAAAACAGGGAUAUCCUGCUUAGACGUUUUCCAGUCGUUGCACUCAGCGAUCCGAAACAGACGAUAUGGGCACAGCAUGGCCUCAGAAGUAUCAAUUUACGACCAGAGGGCAUGCGAGUUCCAGUGUAGUUGUGAGUGCUGUGGCCUCAACAGUUGCCCAGAUCGCCGGGGGUGGUCGUGGGCGGGCGGAGAGUGGCACACGGAGUGCCAUUCGUACAGUCAACAAUGGUUUCAGAGGCACCGAUGGAAAGGCCUCAUUGUCGCGCCAGUCAUCGUGGACAAUGGCAGAUGUGAGGCGGUGGGCGCUGGACGGGUGGCCGUGGAGUGGCGCGGCUGGGCCACCAGCUCAGGAGGAGACAAGUCGAAACAUAGCAAAAGCUGCCAAUGGAGAAAAAGUGAGCCAAUGGGUGCCACCCCAGCCCCAAUCGAUGGGUGUACCGACGGUGGAAAAUGCUGCCAAAAAGCUCGUGCAAAGCAUCGCUGCCAAUCCAUUAAUUCUACUAAUUGCCAUUAUGAGAUUUUCCGGCAUGAAGAGUGCGACCAGACCCUUCUGCCAAGGUUACAUCCCUCUGCCUUGCUUCCCAGCCACAUUCAUCGCCUCCAGUCAGACACAUCAACGAAGGCAAAUCGAUCUGCGUCGGAUGGCGAAGGGCUGCCGAGGCGUUCUGGGGAAUUUGGAAAACUAUUUCGGACGCUUCUGCCGUUUCUUCUCUUCCUGGGCAUGCUUCCAUUUCUUCAAGCAGUGGCGUCCGAUUCCGACGCUUCUGUAGUCGGGGGUCCCAAUCCAAAUCCCCAACCUUGGAUACCAGUCGUGGCGUAUUUGGAGCCUCUGCCGAGACCCAAGGCACCAAAAUGUGAUCAAACUUAUGUCUCGCGUUCAGGAGGACCGACUAAUGGAACAUUUACUGCACCAAUGCUCAUCAAUCCCACGAAUCAUUCUAGACAGUGUCUCUACAUCUUCUUAGCGGGUCCUGGACAGCGUGUCGAAGUAGUUUUCACGUCAUUCAAUUUGCGGGGAAACCCACCAGAUGGGGCCGCCGUCGGAGAGUUACCAGCCUGCGGCUCCGAGUAUAUGGACGUGUAUGCGGAGGUGCAGUCAUCGGAUCCAGCUGAUUUGAUCAACUCUCCCUUCGGCGGUCGCUUCUGUGGUCCCAUCCCGCCUCGUCGCCGCAUUUCGCUGUAUCGUGCUAUAGCUUUAUCGUUUUUUACCAGUAAGAACAUGACCACUCCGGAUGUGUUCGGGGGUCGCUACAGUUUCAUCAAUGAAUCGGAAUUCGAAGUCGGUCAGCCUGUCAUUGGAUCCCCCUGCUCGUACAUCGUCAACAUUUCCCAGAAUCGUACAGGAUCGAUAAUUUCACCCACUUAUCCAGGUGCCUAUCCCAAAGAUAUGUCUUGCACUUAUCAAUUUAUCGGUAAACACAAUCAGCGUGUGCGACUGGAGUUUCGUGAUUUUGAUCUCUUCUUCGGUGGACCACAUUGUCCAUUUGAUUUUGUGAAAGUGUACGACGGCAUAGACAACACUUCAGCUCUUGUGGGCACUUACUGUGGCCAGCAGAGGAAUCUCGUGCUGUAUUCUAGUGAAUCGAAUCUCUUUGUGCAUUUCUACACACUCCAACGAACGGCCAAUACACAGAAUCGUGGCUUCAAAGGAAUUUUCGAAUUUAGCGAAAGUUUUGUUAAAUUAGAUUUUAUACGUGAAAACGAUGGUGAACACAUUCGCGGGUCAGAGUGUGAUCAGAAGAUUCUGUCGAGAAAGGAAUCAUCAGGGUUUGUCUACUCGCCCAAUUAUCCAUACCCAUUUAUUCCGAAAGUAGUUUGUAGAUAUUUCAUUUAUGGUAUGCAAGAUGCACAAAAUUUGGAGCGAGUUAAACUCGAAUUCUCCAUAUUUGAGAUACCGAAAGUGGAGCAGAAAGACAAGAGCGAAUCGAAUUGCACAGAUGGAUACUUGAAGAUUUACCUGAAGGGCCAAGAGACCACAGACAGUUAUGAUAAGUUCGACCAUGAGCUCUGCGGCAGCGAAAUUCCGCCGCCGGUCGUGAGCGAUGGACCGCGCCUCGUGAUGGUGUUCAGUUCUGGGGAGCUUCAGGGGCGUGGCUUCAAGGCGAAGUACUCCUUUGAGACGGAGUACAAGAUUCCAGGAACAGCAGCACCUGAUGGAACAUGCAGCUUCACAUAUCGCAGCACAUCACGCAAGAAGGGCGAAUUCAACAGUCCGCGCUACCCUUCAAAUUACCCCUCGGAAACCAAUUGUUCCUAUCUCUUCCUCGCUACGCCCAACGAGCAAGUCACCAUCGUAUUCGACAACUUUAAAGUGAAGGCAGACAACGCUAAUACUACAGGAGGAGCUUAUGGCAUCAAUGUGUGCCUCGAGGAUUGGCUAGAGAUGUACGUGGUUUACCGCGACGGCAGCGACCGCUUCCUGGGCAGAUACUGCAGUCUCACGGCUCCUGGGCCAGUGGAGAGUCCACGUGGUGCCGUGGGCAUUCGAGUCUUCCUACACACGGAUCAGGAGAAUGUCGCGAGUGGCUUCAAGGCGCGCUACAUUUUCGAGGCAGCCAAGUCUGUCUUCGGGGAUUGCGGCGGAAACUACACGGGUCUCGAUUCGGGUGUCAUCACGUCGCCCAAUUUUCCGGCAAACUACCACGGACCGGGCAAGGGUUUGGCCUCCAGGGCCUGCAAUUGGUACAUCACAGCACGCAUUGGCUACAAGAUUUUGCUCAACUUUGAGAUCUUCUCCGUCGAAGGAGAUCCCGCUGGUCGCGGUUGUCCGGCUGCUGUGGUGCGCAUGUGGACCUUCCCCGAAUCCGAUGCUGCCCCUCAAGAGAUCUGUGGCGAGAAGGGAUCAGAUCCGUGGCACUACACCUCCCAGGGUCAAACAGCAAGAGUCAGUUUCACAACCACCGAUAAGACUAUCGGUGCACAGGGCUUCCGAAUUGUUUGGACUGAAGUACAAGACACUGGCCCAGGGCCACCAUCGAGCAUAGCUAACAUGUGCGAGUCCACAUAUCACUUCCAGUGUGAGCAUUCAAGCUAUUGCAUCGCAGAGAAGCUGCGCUGCGACGGCGUGAAGAACUGUGGACCCGGCGAUGAUUCCGAUGAAAUGCAUUGCAUGUUCGCGGCACCAGACGAGGAUCACGGCGUCCUGAUCAUAACGUCCAUAGCCGCAGGCUCGUUCCUAAUCUGUCUCCUAUGCACGCUGUGUCAUCGAAGAAGAAAACGUCGACAUCUUCCGCAUUUGGGCCUGCAUAGGAAUGCCGCGCAUUACGACUCAACAACCAGUGCCACAGAACUGUCAAUUGCAGGACUCGGCUCCAGCCGGCGUCACCUGCAAGGUGGCAGCAGUUUGUCCGGGAGCCUCCAUGCCAUCAACAGCGGUUCACUGCCCAUUCCACCAGCGCCUCUUCCACCCACAAGCGUGCCGCCUCACAUUUGCAUCAAUGACGAGUUAGAGGAUCCAGACGAUCUCUUCUGCAGCGCCGAUCGCUUCUCCAACAAUGGUGAAAGUGUAUAGCAGGAGGAGGAGCAGCAGAGUAUCUCACCCCUUUUUUCGCCAUAAGCAAUUGAGCCUUAGUUCUUUGCUGGAUUUCCCAAGCAAAAGCGCACCCAAAAGCCCAAUAAUUGCAUUGAAACGCAUUUUGGUCAUUUCAUAGACAAAUCCACAAAAUCUCCUUUCCCUUUUGUAAUCAACUCCAAACUGACCUGAACGAGCAGUUUCCCCGGAAAAGAAACCACUUCCUGCGUUUUGAGUUACUUCAAAUUUGUCCAGAAUCAUUUGCCACAAUAAGUUGUAACAGCAACAUUUCCAUGAACAAUAAUAAUUGAGAUGGAGGAUAAGGAAGAAAUGCAGAAAAUAUGAAAUCAACAUAAAGAUGGAUAAGGAAAUACAGUAGCAGAAAUAUUGUACGAAAAAAGCAACCUCUACUUCCACUAAAUGUUUAAGGAAAAAAAACCGUAAUUUUAAUAUUUGUAAUAAUAGAGGAGAGAAAUUAUUGUUAAUAAAAAAAAUAUGAUGAUAUAAACAGCACUGAAAAACCCAAAUAAAGAUUUUUAAAAGUAAAUUUAAAAAUCAUGUACAUUUGCAGAAGAGAAAUAUUUACAUCACACCCACAAUUGAUGUUUCUUUUCUUGAUUUUUUUCUCCCCAAAAAAAAAAGAAAAUGCAAAUUACAUUUAAAGAAUAUUAAGAGAAAGAAAUCUUUGCGACAAAAUAUCACACCAAUUCUUUAAUAAAUCUAUUAACACCACUUAACGAAAAAAAAUCAUAAACUCAACACUAAAGAAUACAUUAAUGUAGGUGAAUUUAAUUAAAAUGACUAAUAAUAAAAAAAAAAACAUGAUUAACAAAUAUAAUUGAGUGUUUAAUGAUAAAAAAAGAGGUGAAAAUGAAAAAUAAACAUUAAUGAUUGUGUCAGUAAAGAAAAUGGUGGAAAUUAUAUUGGAAAGAGAAUGUAGAUUUUUGUGUAACCUAAAAUGCAGAUCAUGUAAUAAUUGCGACCCCUUUUGCGACUAAUAAUUCACAAGAGUUCUUGUAUUCAAAUGAGUUUGCCAAUUAGUCUCUUCACUCCCUUUGCAAUCACACUAAUUGCUAUGAAGCAUGUUAAUGGCGUUUUAUUUUAAUCAUGGUGCAAUUCUUUAAUUUUAUAUUUAAAAAUAUUCGAAACACUAUAAUAAAAUCCAAAAAAAAACAAUUGACGCUUACGAGUAGUGAAAAAGAGUGUAAUAAAUGUAGGAGUAAUGAAAAAUGAGAAAAAGAAACCUUCUAAUAAAUAUUAUGAGAGAAACAACAUGAAAAAAAUAUUGAUUAUAUAUGAAUUACCAAAAAGGAAGAGAAGAGAAAAAAACAAGCAUAAAACUUUAUAACGAAAUGCGGCGUUUUAUAGAGAAAAUAUAAAAGAUUGAAAAAAAUAAAACCCUCAAGAAAGGAAAUUAACAUUAAAAUUAGGUGAUGGGCUCCUUAUUCUGAAAUUAUUUCAUACAAUGUCAAUGAGAGAGAUUUGAAAAAGAUCAAUACAGACUAGGAAAUAUCACUCCAAGUGUUGAAAUAAUUCCGGAAAGGAUACUUUUUGUCUACGGUUUUAUAGGACAAACAAUUAAUAAGAGAUGAAGAUAUGAAAACACUAAUAAUAAUUGUGAGAAUAGACGUGAGAUAUGCAUCACAUGCAGUGGAGAUAACAAUUUAGGAAUAUAAGAUCAAGAUAUUAAGUGCAACUGAGCGAAUGCGCAAAUUUAUCAAUGAAGAAGUGUAUUAUUUUGCAUUUACAUCAAUCCACGUUUGGUUUUUGCACUGAAAUCCAAUGAAGAGAAGAUGAGAAAACUUUGACUAAGUGAGAAAUUACUAGAGAAAAUCAAUAUUAUUAGAGGAUAUUCAAGCAUUUAACAUGAGAACGGCGGAGAUGAAAGUAAACAUUAAUCGAUGAUGAAUUAUUAAAUGAGAACAAGAAAAAAAAACACCAAAGUUGUAAUAGAGCACGUGUUUUAUAUAUAUUUAUGAAAUAACAGAAGGAGAUAAAAAUACAGUAACUAAUUAGAGAGAAUCCCCCCUUAAAAACAUAGUGAGACGAGUAAGUAACAGGAGAAGAAGUGGAGAACCUAACUGGAUAGCGAAAAAGUACGUUAAUCGUUUGGAGUACAGAUGAAUUUUUCAGCAUGAAAAGAUGAUAAUUUUGUUUCCUUUCUUGAAACAAGCCUAUAGAGAAGUGAAAAUAUCACAUUUUUUAUGUGAAUUGAAUGUGCAAUUUUGUGAAUAUUGUCGAUCACGGCCAAAUUUUUCGUACAACUCCAUUUCUCGGCUAUAAAAUAUAAAUUUAUUGUAUAGAAAAUUUAUGCUUCUAAUUGGGCUUUUCUUUCCAUUCAUUUCAUCAUAUAUAGUUCCACAAUAAACAGGGUAACAAAAAUGAAAUUUGACUUAGAAGCUUGAGUGAUGAUUUAUGGAUUGUGUAAUCAAUGAAGAGAAUAUAAACCACAAAGUGAACCCAAUAAUUUCACAGUGAAAUUAUCAAUGAGAGAUUCAUCUUCUUCUCAAAUUAUUCGCAAUAAUUUUUAUUCACAACCAAAAAAGAGUAAUUGAAGAAAAGAAAAAAAUAGGAAAGGGAAAAUAAAAGCACAAAUAUUCACAAAAUACAUUUCAAUUUUUUCAAGAAAAAAACAAAAACUGGAUAGUCUUUUCUUCACUGAUGCAGAAGCGAUGCAACACGACACAUGAGUUGUCGCCCCUAAAUAUCAUUUAGUAAUGAAAAAAAAACUAACUACUAAUGGAAAUAAUAUGAAAAAAAAACUCAGUAUGAUAAAAAAACAGAAGUAUGAUUAAGUAAAAUCCACAUAUAAUAUUUAAUAAUAAUGAAACAAGAAAACUUAUAAAAAAAACUUAGAAAAAAAUGUUGCAACGUUUUGUAUAAAAAUUCCUAAUGUUGUUUGUUAUAAUCAAAAUUAAACUGUUAUAUGAAUAAUAAUAAAUAAUAAUAAAAAUGACUAAACAUAAUAUAAAA